AUGGCAGGCUCUCCCAGCUGCUUGUCCCCGGUGCUGCUCCUCUGGAUACUGGUCCUCUUGGAUCCAAGCCUCGAAGGUGCUCUGGAGUCUGCUCCAAAAGAAAGCAACGUCCCAGAGAAUAACAUCCACCAGCAGAGCCCAGAGCUGUGGCAGCCCCGGGCCCGACACGCCAGAAAACAUGGACUGAACAAGAAGGGCAGGAGUCACGUGCCAGACCGAGCCGGGGCCUCCAGGAUGCCGGGGAUGCUCCCCCGUGGAGAAGAGAUGCUGGCCGUCCAGGGCCCCGCUGGCCUGAUGCAGGAUAAAGACGUGUUUCUGGGAUUUGAGUUCCCUUACCCGGAAAGAGACAAUCGGUUUGAAAGGGGGAGAAAGUCCAACAGAGAGCACAAGCGAAGGAGAGACAGAGCGAAGGCUCAUCGAGGUAUCUGA